UUGACAUUUACGUCUCUCCCACACUGAACGACAGAUUCAACGUCAAAAUGUUAUAUGUGUUGCAUAUUUCCCCGUGAAAUUUUGGAAUUUGAUUUGUCAUGUCCAUGGUAUAUGGCCAGGCCAUUGGUUAUAAGCACAGAUUACAACUGUUGUAAUCUGUGACUACAAGUUGGUCAUUUGGUCUUUGGUGAAACUUCUCAGUGCUUUUUAGUUUAUUUCUGAUCGAUUAUCUUGUUUCCUUCUGAAUAUUUUGUUGUGACGUUUUCCCAAUAUUGAUCAGAAUGGAGGACGACAUUGAAUAUCCUUCCCACUUUUCCAAUGUUAUUUCAUCAGCUGUGGGCAUUUUUGAGGACUAUGGGUGGUAUAUACUACUAUCAUUGGUUCUUCUCAUUUAUGUGUACCAGAAAUUAUUGAAAUCUGCCAUUGAUGAAUAUCAGGAAAAGAAAGAUGAAGCAGAGUAUUCAGCAAAAUAUCACAAAAAUCCGGAUUUACUUUCUGAAAGAUUGAUAGCUCAAGAAAAGCGCACUUUGAAGCUCCAAGAAAAAUAUAACAAAGAUGCUGAGGAAUACCAGAAAAAAAUACAAGAGAGGGAAGCUAGAAAGCGAGAAGAAAUCCUUGAAAAGUUUGGUAAUGAGAGUGGUCACAGGUUGGGACCGUCUGCUGAUGAUAAAACUAAAAAGUCCUUCAAACCAGAAUACAGUCCUUUAAUGGGUGGAGGCAGUUCAUCCAAUUACAGACCACCAAGAAGAAGCGCUUGCAGUAGAGGAGGAUGCGGAUAAUAAAAUUCUAGCUACUUU